AUGGCUCAUAAGAUCCGCCCGGAGAAUGCGAUCCUAGAAAUCACAGACGACGUGGUAAUCCACUACAUCUGUCAGGACGGGAAUUUUCUCACAGAAAGAGACUUGGAUGGGGGAGAACUGCUCCCACCAGAGGAAGUAGGUACAGCAAAGACGGGCACGGCAGCAGCCUACAUUGUGCAGGGCGAGGGCCAGCGCGCGAUUUACUGCAUUGCAGAGGGAGACGAACACGUCGAAGAAAUCAACAUCCUGCAGGAUUUUGAGUUCAACGACGGCGAUGGGGUGUGGGAACCCGGUCAAUUGAGUGAAUUGGGGAUCGAGGUUCUGUCCGGAACAAAACUGGCAGCGAUGCAGGUGGAAGAAAAUUCAAGCCUCGUCAUAAGCCAGGCGUCUUCAGGCGUCAUCCAGGCUGUCCAUAGGGAAAGUCGCGACGCUCCGUGGCAGCCUGACAAUGGCCUUCCGCCGACUCAGCCGUUACCUGGCGCUAUGAUCCAUGCUGCGAGAGUCGAUGAUCGGGUUGUUGUCCUUUACGCCCAUCAGGACUACUCAAUCCAUGAGCUUAGCCUUGUAGAUGGCCAAUGGACUGGUAGGUAG